CAGGCUACUUGACACAAACAGAGAUACACACAUUGAUGAUGACACAUGAUUCAACCGCUCGUUGUAUGUGUUUCCCUUGAGUUUUGUGCCAGCCAAAUCAGACACAAGUGAAAGAGGACGUUUGUUUUGGCACAAUACCGGCGUUUUACACUGAAGUCUAUCACACUCGUGACACACGAACACACAAUGCACUGUGUGAGCAGAGGAGGCUGCUACCUGGUGAACUCCUACUGUGAUCUCCAGGAGGACAACCAGUAUAAGAAGGAGAGCUACCAAGCAUGUUGGCUGAGCCUGGUCCUUGAAACCAGACCACAAUACAAGCUGACAGUGUCAGAGACAGACAGCAUUCGCAAAGAGAGUUACAAGCAGCAGCAGGUGGUGCACUUCAUGGUUGAGAGGAGUCCCAGCCAGACACUGAGGCUGGGCAGCAACAGCGGAACCAUGACAGGGCACCAGCUACCCUUCUUCAACACCAGCAGGGACGUUCAUCAUGAGUGCGCAGAGCAACAGCCAGCUGUACUAAGAAAGGCUGGAGUUGAUAGGCAGGAAGUGACUGCCAUAACUCGGGAACUCAGCAAGCCAGCCAGCGGGAACUUCAGAGCUUCAAGCCUGAUGUCCUCACCAAGAGAAAUCUCUCAUCGGGUGCAGAGGAGGGAGUGAAGCAAGAAGGGGGAGGGUUUUUAAACAGUUCAGAAAAUAUAACAUAGCCUCUUAUUGUAAUUUACAUUCAGGUAUUAGUAAAUUAAAAUGUACUGUAACUGUGAAUACUGCCUCCUGAUAAAAUGCCUCACAAGUAAUUUUUUAAUCAUAUGACUGAUAGAUAUCUCAUCUGUUAAAUAACUUUUAACAUUUUAAUUAUCAUGCAAACAAAAUACUUAAAUGGAAUAACCUCUUUUGUGAGGAGUGCUAACUUAUUUUAAUGAAGAUUCCCUGGAUUUAUUUUCUCCUAAUUAAAUUACAAAUGUAUUAUCUUUGAAUAAUGUGACAUACUAUUGAAUUGAAGGACUCAUAAAUGAUAUGCUAUUUUAAAAUGUAAUGGUAUACUGCAUUGAAGAUAUGAUCACAUUCUCACACGGACUCUGUACAGUGUUACUAGAUUCCAGGAAGAAAUUACACUUCUGUCAUAGUCAGUGAUUUCCAUGUAUGUCUACCAAAGCUUCAUGAAGCUUCAGUGUCUGGAACCUCAUUUUGCCUUCUGUCUGACUUAAGUUAACAUGACUGUCCUGCUAGAGAAAAGCUCUCCACAUAUUCCUGUUGCAUACUGUUAACUUUUUUUAAUGUAUGCAUUAGGAGCUUCCACUGAGCUAUUGUUUUAAAGUAUUACAUUCUUAAAUAUACAAAUACAGUGGCAGCACCCCCCUGUGGUAAGACAACAAAAUUGCAAA